UCGAGCAAACAUCGUCACGCUCCGCAAACUAACGCUUGUUACACUUAACGAAGUCCAGUGAAGUUCACUUACAAUAUACAGGAAAUAACAGUGACUGAAAACUUUUGAAAAUUUUAACUGUCUUCAGUUCUCGCGGUGAUGGUCUCUUUCAAGUUGUAUCACUGUAAUUUCUCAGACUGAUGUUUGAAUUAAAUUUUAUCAUAACCAAUAUUGCCGCCCAAGUUUCGUAAGCUUACUGAACCUAUAAUGAAUAAAUGAAGUAUUUUCGUAGAGUUACAAAGCUAUGAAUAAGUGAAGUAUUAAUAAUGGCAGACAAAUUAAAUGAAUACCAAGGUGUGACGGGGCGUCUUCACGGUGUGCGGGACAAGUACAAGGAACGGUGGAGCAACUGGAGGGAGCAGCACCCCCGAGGGGUUAAGGAUGUGGUUAAGGAGUCGCUUUUUGGGAUCCCCAACUCGGACGAGCCUCCGGAAAGGGUCUGGCAGGAUAGCGCGUACAGUGAUUUAUUUAGGAGGAAAAGCCGCGUCGAACUCAUGCGUAUAUCGGCAGCAGUGAUGGGCAUAGAGUUCUCGUACGCUGGAGAAACAGCCUUUGUGUCUCCAACCCUGCUGCAGAUAGGAGUGCCUCACCAACAGAUGACUCUGGUGUGGGCAUUGUCCCCACUAAUAGGGUUCUUCAUGACCCCAUUGCUGGGCUCGCUGAGCGACAGAUGCAAGUCAAAGUUUGGGAGAAGAAGACCUUUCAUUGUGCUCAUGUCAUUUGGAGUUUUACUUGGUUUAAUCUUAGUGCCAAAUGGGGAGGCGAUAGGUUACGCGCUUGGUGACGAGCGACCUACCAACCAAACCGGAGUGCCCUCAGUCUUGGGCCCUCGGAGUUCUGCCUUGGAAGAAGAGAGGACGAACUAUCACCCCUGGGGAGUCCUCUUCACAGUCCUGGGAACUGUUUUCCUGGACUUCGAUGCUGACGCCUGCCAAAGCCCGGCCAGGGCUUAUCUGCUGGACGUGACAGUACCAGAGGACCAUGCAAAGGGUUUGAGUACCUUCACAGUGAUGGCGGGCCUGGGAGGGUUCUUCGGGUAUGCAUUAGGAGGAAUCAACUGGGACGAGACACGAUUAGGCGAGUUGUUCGGCGGCCACGUCAGAGCAGUCUUCUCUCUCAUCACCAUCAUUUUCAUCUUUUGCGUCUCUGCUACCGUGACCAGCUUCAAGGAGAUUCCUUUAGAGGAGCUGAACUACCAAGACGAGUUCAGGAAGCUGGCUCAGACUGAAAGGAACCAGGAGAGCUUCGACGCUGGGGAUGAGGGACCUGAGAAGGGUACCAUGAAGAAGAACGCCACUUAUGGGUCUUUGAACCCGCCAGAGACCGGAACUCCAUCCGUCCCGAUACCAGAAGCGACGCACGCGCAGUCUCUGACCCUCGCCCACUACCUGAAGUCCAUCGUCAUGAUGCCAGCCUCCCUUCGCGUGGUAUGCCUAACCAACCUCUUCUGUUGGAUGGCCCAUGUGUGCUACUCGCUGUACUUCACUGAUUUCGUUGGGGAGGCUGUGUUUGGAGGAAAUCCCGCUGCGCCGGUGGGUUCGGAGAGCCGCGUGGACUACGAGGCCGGCGUCCGCUUCGGAUGCUGGGGCAUGGCAAUGUACUCGCUCUCCUGUGCCUGCUACUCCACCGUCAUUGAGAAACUCAUCAAGCGCUUUGGAGCCAAGAAAGUGUACGUGGGGGGUCUCUGCACGUAUAGCUGCGGAAUGUUCCUGCUGUGUGCCAUCCGCGCACGCGCAGCUGUACUGCUGUUCAGCUGGACGGCCGGCGUCAUGUACUCCACGCUGUUCACCAUGCCUUACCUGCUGGUAUCGCACUACCACGUGACGGGGACGUGGGACAGCGCAGGAGGCGGUUGUGGACAGGAGCGUGGUAUCGGCACCGAUGUAGCCGUGGUCAGCAGCUGCGUCUUCGUGGCGCAACUCCUCGUCUCAGUCAUCAUGGGACUGGCCGUCAAGGCCAUGGGCACCACCGCAGCGGUGGUAGCGGUGGCCGCAGCGCUCGCCGCCGCCGCUGCCGUCACCGCCACCAAAAUCACAUAUCUGGAUUUGUAAUCUCUUAAGUUUAACAAAUUGCGAUUAAGUUGUAGUUAGGUCGUCACUUUUUUAAUUCUGUACUAUGAUCGUACUACAAAAUUAGCUUGAAUUUAAACAUAACUGCGUCUUCGUGGUGCAGCUCCUGUUCUCUAUCAUCAUAGGGCUGCCCUCAAGACCAUCUCACCGCCACCAAAAUCACGUGUAAUCUGGAUUUGUAAUCUUGGUUUAAUCUUAUUUGUCAGGGGUAAUUUUUAAGUUGUAGGUUAGGCGUUUACUUGUUUGUUCUGUGCCAAAGCCACAUUUUUUUAACUGGUAUUUUGCUACCAGAAUCAAUGUUUUUUUUUUAAAUUGUUGUUAUUAUCAGGUUACUUUUAUUAAGUUUUGAGAGAGUAGGUAGUAUUCUAGUUUUUCGCAAUUUUCUACGAGCAAACUGAAAAAGACAUUGAUGCGAGACAAUAUUUACAAAUGAUGAUGAUGGUUAUAUUUGCAAAUGAUGAUAAGCGGUCGUACUACAAAAUGUCUAAAUGCUCGCAAAAAGUGAUCAUGGAGAAUGGUGAAUAAUGGGAUAAAAAUGGGAUAAUUUAAUUGAGUUACGUUAUUUGUUUGAACUAUUUUUAUGGUUUUCAGGUUUACGUUAGGUUGCCAUAUCCUUACCAAACAUAGAGCUUUCUCACGUACACAAAAUAAUUACAAAAUAUAAUAAUACCAUUUUAUGGCUCAUUCUAUAAACACUUACAAAUACCUAACAACAAUAUUAUUUAAAACCGUCUACAGCUACUUACGUUUAAGUUUGCAUUGCAGUAGCGUUUAUUGGAAUAAAACCAUUAAAAACUCUACUUUAGUACCUAGUCCUGUCAUUAUGGUCAAGUUGGCUCUAAAAUAUUGGACAGUUUGAUGCAAAUAAUUGAAUCUUGAUAUUUCAAUAAUCGAAUGUCAGAUAAACGAGAAUAUUUUUGUAUAGUACGUCAAACUACUCUGUUGUUACAAAAUAAUUCCUAAUACAACGAUAUAAGGUGCCACAGUAUUCAGCUUAAUGCUCAAAAGACCAGUAUUGAUUUGUAUUAUCAUAUCUCGAUUAAAGAUCACUAUCGUAAUUAGUAACCAAUAAAAAGGCUGACAACAGUGACUGCGUUUCUUGAGCUCUGGGCCAGAGCUUCUGGUCCACAUUUUUGUAGACAAGCAUUGGUUGAAAAAUCUAUAUUUUUACGUUGGGUGUCACGAACUACAUAUUUGAAGCUGACUGUACUAC